AUGCCUCUCACACCUACCGAGCAAUCCCUCAUUAUCGCCGCGCAAGCAGCCAUCGACGCCAUCACAUCCACUCCUGUACCCGAAAUAGCAGCUCACACGGUCGGCGCCGCAGCCCUCAGCAGCACAGGCAGGGUAUUCACUGGAGUUAACUUCUUUCACUUUUUGGGCGGAGUCUGCGCUGAGAAUGGCGCAUUCGCGAUGGCUGCAGCUGCAGGUGUUGCGUCGUCACUGGCCCCCGGGAUAGACGCAGGAAAAGGCGAUGCAGGGAAGGAAAACUUGGUGUGUGUGGUUGCCGUGACAAAUGAUUCUAGAGGGGUUAUCAAUCCGUGCGGGAGAUGCAGGCAGUUCAUGUUCGACUCUUAUCCAGAUAUACGGGUUAUAGUUAACGAGGGGAAGGUCGGGGAGAGUAAGUUGAGGAUUGCAAGUAUCAAGGAGCUUUUGCCGUUUGCGUACAAGUCCACAUUCAGCCCUGGUGUGAUUGAAGCCUGA